AUGACAAUCGGGAAGUGUGCAGCCGGACCAAGUCACUGUACGUACGGUAGAGUGAAAUAUUGUAAAAUAAUGUGUCCAGUGAGAUGCAGCCGCAGUGUUUUAACAGGUGGACAUUCCUGAUGUUGCAGAGUUAUUAGGUAAUAUCUUAGAGAGAGCGAACAUGGCUGCGCCCACAGGACCGAGAGGAUCAUCAGCCUCCAGCCCGCCAGGGUUUGAAGGUUUUCCGUUUGCAGUGGCCGGUAAACCACCGGAGGACAACUCCGGUAAAGAGCAGGAGCAGACCGGGGAUGUGAAAAAGAAACCGUGCAGGGCUUGUACGGACUUUAAAUCAUGGAUGAAGGUCCAGAAGAAACAGACGGCAGCUGUACAGGAGACCCAAGCUGCAGAGUCAGAGCCACAGCAGGACCCAGAGUGUCCGCUGGACAGGCAGGAGUUGGGGCGUAACACCUGGUCCUUCCUGCACACUAUGGCAGCUUAUUACCCCGAUCGUCCAUCUUCUUCCCAGCAGCAGGAGAUGUCCCAGUUCAUCAACCUUUUCUCCAAGUUCUUCCCAUGUGAUGAAUGUGCAGAAGACCUCAGGGGCAGACUGAAAACCAAUCAGCCGGACACCAGGAGUCGCCACUCGCUGUCUCAGUGGUUCUGUCGUAUCCACAAUGACGUUAACGUCCGGCUGGGCAAGCCUGAGUUUGACUGCUCCCGUGUGGACGAGAGGUGGAAGGACGGAUGGAAAGACGGUUCCUGUGACUGAGUGAAGAGACAUGAGGACUGAACUGAGACCUGAGAGGAGAAAUCCUUUGAGUCAGAACACCUCAAAGAGGAGCUGAUGAGAAACUUUACGUAAAGAGAGAGAUUUGUGUUUUGUGUUAGUUCAUAUCACUGUCUGGUAAUAAAAUGAAAGACACACUUCUUUCUUUCACUGAACCUCUUGUUAAUUCAAACUGUUGAAAUUCAAUCUUGUGUGAAUCAUAAAACAUAUUUUCGACCAAUGUAGCCCUGAAUUGUUAUAUAAUUGAAAUAUAUCAAGUCAUUAAAAUGUUAUUUUCUCAUCA